AUGUCAUGGUGAGAGCCAGCGCUGGUGCUGAUGUUGAGAGAAGCCCAGGGUACCACUAAUUGAGGGAGUGAGGAAGAGAGCGGGCUCGCUUCUAACCAGACUGCAGGUUUGUGACAGCAUCCUGAGCUGGUGACAGACCCACUCUGUGACUGUCAGUCGAAUUCGGCCACCAGAUCCCAGAAACAUGACCCUCGCCGCCUACAAAGAGAAGAUGAAGGAGCUCCCGCUGGUGUCCUUGUUCUGCUCCUGCUUCCUGGCUGACCCCCUGAAUAAGUCGUCCUACAAAUACGAAGGCUGGUGUGGGAGACAGUGUAGGAGGAAGGAUCAAGGCCAGCAGGAAGACAGUGCUGACUGGAGAGAGAGAAGAGCGCAGGCGGACACGGUGGACCUGAACUGGUGCGUCAUUUCCGACAUGGAAGUCAUCGAGCUGAACAAAUGCACCUCGGGCCAGUCCUUUGAAGUCAUCCUGAAGCCGCCCUCCUUUGACGGGGUGCCUGAGUUCAACGCCUCCCUGCCCCGGCGGCGAGACCCCUCCCUGGAAGAGAUCCAGAAGAAACUAGAAGCAGCUGAGGAGCGAAGGAAGUACCAGGAAGCAGAGCUCCUGAAACACCUAGCAGAGAAACGGGAACACGAGCGGGAGGUGAUCCAAAAAGCCAUUGAGGAAAACAACAACUUCAUCAAGAUGGCUAAGGAAAAACUGGCCCAAAAGAUGGAAUCCAACAAGGAGAACCGGGAGGCCCACCUUGCUGCCAUGUUGGAACGGCUCCAAGAGAAGGAGCCGCCUGCUGCGCGGUGACUCCCGGGACCUGAUCGGUGGCCUCGUCCCAUGGACAAGCACGCUGAGGAGGUGCGGAAAAACAAGGAGCUGAAGGAAGAGGCCUCCAGGUAAAGCCCAGAGGCCAAAGAAGUUUCCAGCACAGCGGACAGCGCCCGCAGCGCCGCGUCCCAGGCAGCCCGAGCGCGGCCGCGCUCCCAGCACUGGGGUUGGGGGGAGGGGGGUGGCCAAGGGGCGUUUCCUCUGCUUUUGGUGUUUGUCCGUGUAAAGAAUUGACCAGUGAAGCCAUCCUAUUUGUUUCCGGGGAACAAUGACGGGGUGGGAGAUGGGAGAGCAGGAGAGAGUUUGGGAAGGGGAGACGGAGACGAGCUCACUGGCGACGUCGCAGCCCUGCCCGGAGCAGACUCGCCGGCCCUCGCCCUUCACAGCCCUGCCUGGGCACUGGGCGUCCAGGCCGUGUGGAGGGAAGACGAAAGCCGGGCAGCAAAGGUCGCAGUGAGGGGCCGAGUCCCCCGGACGGGCGGUGGCUGCAGGGCCGCUAGGAGAAGCCGAGCCUGGAGCGGCCGGCCCGGAGGGGCGGCUCCCGCCCUGCAGCGGGUGGGGCAGGUCUGUGUGUGUGUGUGUGAGCCAUUACCUUUUGAUCAUCACGACCAAUGAAACAUUGA